CCAAUCAGUGAGCUCGUUAUACGCUAGUGCCAGAGGGAUAACUGAUGCGCCGUAGAGUCUGCGGCUACUAUAACGCAAAACUCAUACACACAUUAAUAACUGAUCGCCGUGAAUUAAAAUGAGCUCGAUUGGUACAGGGUAUGAUUUAUCUGCCUCCACAUUUUCACCGGAUGGACGGGUGUUUCAGGUGGAAUAUGCCAUGAAAGCAGUAGAAAAUAGCAGCACAGCAAUUGGAAUCCGCUGCAAAGAUGGAGUUGUGUUCGGUGUGGAAAAGCUGGUGCUUUCCAAAUUGUAUGAAGCGGGUUCAAAUAAGCGCAUCUUCAAUAUUGAUCGCCACGUCGGGAUGGCAGUGGCUGGUCUUCUAGCAGAUGCUCGAUCACUCUCAGAGGUGGCCAGAGAAGAAGCAUCUAACUUUCGCUCCAACUACGGCCACGACAUCCCAUUGAAGCAUCUUUCUGAGAGAGUGGCCAUGUAUGUCCAUGCGUACACAUUAUACAGCGCUGUGAGACCUUUUGGAUGCAGUUUCAUUCUCGGGUCUUAUGAUGAAGACGACGGUCCACAGCUGUACAUGGUCGACCCUUCUGGCAUUUCAUACGGUUAUUGGGGAUGUGCUAUUGGAAAAGCCAAGCAAGCUGCUAAGACCGAAAUAGAGAAACUACAGAUGAAAGAAAUGACCUGCAGAGAACUUGUAAAAGAAGUUGCAAAAAUUAUCUAUAUUGUUCACGAUGAGGUGAAAGACAAAACUUUUGAACUGGAGCUCAGCUGGGUUGGAGAAGUCACAAAAGGAAGGCACGAGCUUGUCCCCAAAGACAUCAAAGAGGAGGCAGAGAAAUACGCAAAAGAAUCUCUGGAAGAAGAGGAUGAUUCUGAUGAAGACAAUAUGUAAACCCCUUCUUCAUUUUCUGUAUACCAUGUUCAAUACAUCCUGGCAAAUCUCAGCAGACAAUAAAAAUGUUUUUUAUGUUUUGUAAUGGA